UCAUAAACUGAGGAUACUCAGAAGGAGCUUCAACAUAAAGAAGAAAACGGCGAGAGAAACCAACUCACGUACCAUUUGUUCUGAGGACCUGGGAGGCCUGUUUGCUUUACUCAAAAUCCAGUUGUGCGGUCAUAAAGAAAUAUUGUGGUUCAUCAUCAGAAAAAUCGGAAACUAAAGAAAAGCUGUAAACAAGCCUGUGGUAAAGUAGCAAAGACUGUUUCGAGUGAUGGAAAGAGUCAACUUAUAGGUGACGGGUUGAUCUUAAUCAAAAAAUCAUGGCUGCCACUUAUCAGCGCUCCUAUAUCGGUGGUUCGAUGGGUCGCCAAGACUAUUUCAGUUUCGUACCACCGCCUCAAGCCCGGGCAGCGCCGGCUCGUACUCUAAUUGCUGUAUGUGACUCGGUGUAGUUCCUCUUAGAGUACUAGUACCGAAGGUGUAGUUCUUCUAGCACAAAGGCUGGCUUGUUGGAGCGACACUUUUCACUCUUUGAGCUUGCAAGAACGGAGCUGUUGGGGAGCAUCUCAUCUCACUCUCUAGAAAUAGGACCCUACUAUGUUUGUUGUAAGUGUAACAACUUAUACUUGCACACCCGUAGACAAUAAUCUACUGGGUAUAUCAUCAUCAUCAUAGGUGCCACAUUCCAGCCGAUACAGCUUGCGGCACAGCAGCAGACGCGCAGUUGGGUACCUGCGGUUGGCGCACCACAGGAACAGGCAGGUUCGAAUGAGGAUGAAUUGCCCAAGGUUCCUCUCUGGUGCGGCAUUGAUAUCGGAGCAGACAAUGCAUUGGAGAUCGUUCAUCAGGGUGUGAUGAGUUAUGUUUUAAUUUUUGUUUUUUGAGAUUGAUUGUCAGUGGUGUUAGAAGUUUAUUCCCCUUCGGCUGUACUGUAUCUAUUAUUCGGCACAGUAGUCCUAGUCCAUUUUCUAGUCCACGAGAGAUUCCUUCUAAGUAACUAGAUUACAACUGAGCACAACGAACCUGCUUUCAUAUUUCCGAUGAGAACCUGAAGAGCCUUGCUAUGAUAAAAAAGGCAUUGGAGGACUUUGGCAACACGCAAGUCCGCUUUAAACGCGAAGAGCAAGGAGCCGUAGCGAGGACGAGCGAGGCGCGAGUUAGUAGGCAAUCAGCAGGAGUCGCAGAACCAGCGUCAUUAAGGGUUACCACAUUGCAUUCUUCAGUACCAUCUUUGACUUUUUUUCCAGGAGGAAAAGGGUCAGGGAUAAUCUGAAGAUAGUACAGUUCACGCAACCUCUAAUGUCAGUGCCAGCGUCUUCAGAUCUACCGUCUACAAAACCGCUACCGCAACUGUCGUAUUGUUCUUGUCUUGUGAUUCAUAUGCUAGAUUAUUGCUGAAGAAUAGAGGAGCCCAGCUUUUGGAUGUUGCCAUAAGGCUACACGCAAAGACAAGAUGGAUACAACGAUCAAAUUAGAUCCUAGUUUCUAUUUUUCCCAUUCAAGAAGGGCUUUCAUCUACAAUCUACAUUUUUUUUUCCAAAGCCAGCAUGUACAUACAAUCUACUUCCAAAGCCAGCAUGUGCAUCGCAUAGUGUAUUUUGAUCCGGAGGGCCUUCUUGCGAUGCAGGACAACAAGCUUGUCGGGACUGGGGAAAGCAAUUUGCAGCAGUUACGACGUCUACAGUCUGCCCUCGGUGCGAACAGUCGACUAGUCCUGUGCUUUUCGGAUGGUACUUACAAUCGUAGUUCUCUUGAGAAAUACUUUCAAUUAUGAAUCCUAUGUAUCGCAUUGCGUUGAAAGAACUAGCAUUUGUAAAUUAGUAUGGUUUCAUCUCUAAGUAGAAAUCCUGACUUUAUUGAAGAGUCCUCUUCGGCUUACCUUAUUACUCAUACGGUUUUUCUCAAAAGAAACAUCAGUUCCUUCCACAAGGAAAACGCAAUCACAAAGUAGUUAUUUGUAAAUAUGGUUUCUCUCUUCAGCACAACUAGUAACAACAACAUCUGCUCCCACCCAUAACACUACCAUUAGCCAUGCGACGCAGCAAGGGUGAGGAAAUGUACGUGAGCUUGCUGAGCGACCGCAAGAUCCGGGUUGAUGAGAUAGUCCAGCCUGCCGAAGCCAGCUUCGAUAUAAGCAGGAUAAGAGGAGAAACGCUAGAGGAAAGGCAACAAAAGUUUGCGAUCGAACGCAUGAAACGAAACCGCUGUGCCGAAAUUUCAGCGCAUUUAAGCGGAGUGGCGAAAGGUUCCUUAAACAACUUUUAGGUUGGAUUUCACGAUCUUCAAAGUGGGUUUUGUUGAACAAAGAAAAAUUUUUGAAUCGCUAUCAAAGAACAAAGGUGAUCUCUCAACAACAAAGCAGGUACUUAACAUGAACAACUCAAAAAAGGUACCAACAACGCGAAUGUUCAGUUCGUAAUCCUGCAGACUUGGGGUGGAAAGCUAACCUUUGGCUUCGUUGACACGCUCCCUUCACGCGAACUCGCGGCGCGCCUGAUCCAGCCUAAGGAUUUCUACAUUGACGCCGAUGCGGUUGUUUCCAUGUUUAGGGCCUCUGGGUAGAAGAAGUGUGUCAUUGACGCCGAUGCGGUUGUUUCCACGUUUAGGGCCUGUAGCUAGAGGUGUGACGAAGUUGUUGGUACACUCUGCUUGAGCUUUAAGUAUCAGAAAGAAGUGUGAUUGAAAUUACACACCUCUGCUUUCUCCUGCACCUUGACGAAUUGUGAGUGUGAGGGAAGCGUCGCAUGUUCAUGUCCCUCCUGCUCAACUUGCCCCUCAAGCAUAAAGUCAGCGGUUACAGACAGUGCGGAACAACUUCUAACACAAACAUACAUUACGCACCUCUAGCUGGCAGACAUUUUUUGCUAUCCUCUCCGUAGUGAAUCAAUGCUAAUUUUUGAGAUUUGAGAAUCAAUUGAGUGCCUCAGAAGGGGAGGACGUGUCAUAGGGAGGACUGUGGUGAGGAGGCCAUGUCACAUGGACCCGACUCUGAUGAUAUCGUUCUUGGUCGAGGAUGUUUUUUUUCCGACGAAUGUUGACAUGGUGAAAAAAUAUGACAGCGCUAGACUUUGCCGAUUGUAUUCAACUCACUAACAAGUGGGAGUGCGAGAGAAGUGCAGAUGAUCUAGCUGCUGAGAGUUACGUAUAAUGAGUGUUAUCGGAAAUUAGACCGUAUGGUUCUCCAUUCGUGGCGAUGAAGAUGAAAAUCCUUCACGAGAUCACGAGAUCAUAAGAUCGCUCCUUCCACGACCCGUACAAGAUCAAGAUCCCACUAGGUACACUGAGCAAAAGAAGCCUAUUGUGCGUGUUCACUGGAGGAGCAUGGAGACACCCCAUCUUCAUAUUAUCCGACAUCGUGGUCAGGGAAAUCGUCAGGGAAAUCUUAGACAGACUGCCGAAUUGAUUCACGCCGUCGCUAUUUUCUGACCUAGCGCGUAGACAGCGACAGCCAAGCAGUGGAAGGAAAUUCAUGAGCGACCAAAAAGAUCAUGACUGCAGUGCUUUGCAGUACUACAGUACUACUAGUCUACAGUCUAGUACUAUAGUCUUCUACAGUCUAGUGCAGUCCAGAGAAAAUGGAGAACGGAAGCUCUAAAUCUCUCUCCUUGAUGGAAAGGCUUUACUAGGUUCAUCUUGCGAUCAUUCGCUUGAUAUUACCUUGCUUGCCGAUGUGAUUUCUUCCUAUUUCAAAAAACAACUCAUGUGGAACAUGUCAAAAACUCAAACAAUGCAUUCAGCCCAUUCUUAGCUGUGCAGGAGUAAAGACACUGGAAGCACUUAGCGCGUCGCUCAGAGGAGUAGAGCUACCGGAACAUAGUGCUCAAAAUCAUCCCAAGCAAGUCGAGG